GGCAACCCCAAGGUGCUGCAGUCGCUGCUGCAGAACAUGACGAACUGCGAGUUCAACGUGAACUCCUUCGGGCCCGAGGGGCAGACGGCGCUGCACCAGUCCGUCAUCGACGGCAACCUCGAGCUCGUCAAGCUGCUCGUCAAGUUCGGCGCCGACAUCCGCCUGGCCAACCGCGACGGCUGGAGCGCGCUGCACAUCGCCGCCUUCGGGGGCCACCAGGACACCGCGGGGCCCGCCCCGCCGGCCCCGGCGGGGCCGCGGCGCCUCCGCGCACUGCGCGCCGCUCUCGGCGCCUCCUGA